AUUUAGUCCGCCUUACAUUGAUAAUCUUUGGUACAAACAGAAGUAUAUUUUUCAGAUUGAGUUCUUUUACGUAUAGCGUGUGCGGUGUGGUUAUUAGGAAUAGGGAAUCGGAAAUCAUCUAUUAACCAUGAGGAAAAUAAUGAAAUCGGGUAAAAUCGUAAUCGUCCUAAGUGGACGUUACGCAGGAAAGAAAGCAAUUGUCUUAAAAAAUUUUGAUGAUGGCUCAUCAGAUAAACCAUUCGGACAUGCUCUCGUCGCAGGCAUUGAUCGUUAUCCCAGGAAAGUACACAAGAGGAUGGGGAAAGCUAAGAUUCACAAAAGAUCUAAAAUAAAACCAUUUGUUAAGGUUCUGAACUACAAUCAUCUUAUGCCUACACGAUACACACUAGAAUUGAAUCUUAAGACAUCUGUUAAGGACCUUAAGGACCCCAUGAAGAGAAAGAAGGCGAGGUUUCAGACAAAAGUCAAAUUUGAGGAAAGGUACAAAGCAGGCAAAAACAGAUGGUUCUUCCAAAAGCUGCGGUUCUAAUUGUGUUUCCUGUGUUUUUGGAAAUUUGUGUUAAAUAAAUUUGAAACCACAA